UGACCUCACCAGUAUGGCCGCCAUGUUCUGUUAACUUCGUCACGUCCGGCUCGUGCUCAAAGGAAACACCGAUAUCAACCCGUUGCUUCCGGUAAUGCCUCCUUUUCGGCAGCGGCUAUUUUCUCGCCAACAUGCCACUCGCAAAAGACUUGUUGCACCCAUCCCCUGAUGAGGAGAAGAGGAGGCACAAGAAGAAGCGUCUUGUUCAGAGUCCCAACUCUUACUUCAUGGAUGUGAAAUGUCCAGGAUGCUACAAGAUCACGACGGUGUUCAGCCACGCUCAGACAGUCGUGCUGUGUGUUGGCUGUUCAACAGUCCUGUGUCAGCCCACUGGAGGCAAAGCACGUCUCACAGAGGGGUGCUCAUUCAGGAGGAAGCAGCACUAGCUGUUCUCCCCGGAGCUGAAGGGGAGAGGAGGGGAUGGACUGGUUGAUAUCAGCGCCUUCUGCCUCCUGCUAUGGCGGCAGACCCCGCGGUCAGAUCUGAAACAAGACCUGAAGACGAACUGGACAGCAGAUGGAUUUCCACAGUUCAUGUCAAAAGAUCGGUUGUUGCUGUAACUCCACCCUUCAACCCUGUCUCUCUUAAUAAAAUAUUGUUUUGGCUAAA